AUGAGUUCUCUACAUUUUUAUUGCGUCGUCUUUUCUUGCUGGUCGGAGGACGCGCGCGUUUGGGCGGAGCUUGGGGCUCGAGAGCUCGGCGUCCAACUGAUCGAUAGUUGGGCACGACGCCAAGCGUCGGCUCUCCCGAGUCCUGACCCAGUUUUUGCUGCUCUCCGCUCCGCUGACCUGACCUUUUGAGGCUCUCCGAAAUAUCGAAAUGGAGCCGCCGAUCAGAGUCAAAAGGGAAGAACCGGAACGGGCACCGACUCCAGAAUGUCCCCUGUCGCCGUUGUCGCGUACGAUUCUGGAAACGGCUUCCGGAUCCACGGCGACCGGCGAUGUCGUCGUCAAACGCGAAGCUUCCUCUUCGCCCAAGCCUGGCAUCACUGUCGCUGAAGCCGCCGCGAUUUUACCCGAAGGCGAUAUCGUUCCAGAACUGUAUGAAGCUAAACAAGAAGUUGUUGAAGUCAAAACCAACGGCAAGAAGCGUUCGUUUUUUUUCUUUUGUACUUUUUUCAUGUUGGACUUCAUUUAUCUUGAACUUCAAACUCUCGUAACCUUUGGACUUUCCUCUCUCGAUUUUUUUUCGAAAAAAAACUUCAUCUUUCAUGCAACGCCUUCAAGUUUGUUCUCGUAUUUUUUUCACAGACAUUUACUGUUCGAAUACUGUAUGGAAUCUAUAAGAACCUUCGUAACUAUCUCAAAAGAACUCUCUAAAAAGAUGGCAAAAAAUAAUUCCCACGUGAAAAAAAUUCGCACGUGAAAAAAAAUUUCCACGCGCCUUUUUUUUUCUCACGUUUUUUUUUCCAUUUACUGUUUGUUUUUGAAUUUCCUCUUCUUUUUAGGUUUCUCAUUGUUGUUCUCGGUUUAUUAACCUCAGGAAAUGCUUUGAAUUGAGUGGAACCUUGAUUUCAGUUAUUUUCUACGCCAAAUCAUUGGAAAUUUUGAAAAAUGAUAUGCGUGUGUGUGUGGGUGGUGACGAAAAGUGUUCAAACUAUAAUUUUUCUUGUUUUAAAACAUUUUGUGCGGAUUUUGAAUACUUUAUUCGUGUUUUUUUGAUCAUAAGACAACCGGAAUAUCUUGUUUUAGCUUCGGUUUAUGAAAUUCAGAAAUUAAGCGAAAAAUGGAUUUUUUUAGGUGUUCACUGAGUAAUUUUUUAUUUGAAAGGUUCUUUUGAUUUCAGAAAAAAAAACUAAGGGAUAAUAUUGAGAUAUAUAUAAACUCACUAAAGCUUUCGAGGCGAUCGAAUAUUUUUAAUUUUUAGUUUUAGCGCAAAUCGAAGUGAUUCCGUGCAAGGUUUGCGGGGACAAGUCUUCGGGUGUACAUUAUGGCGUCAUCACUUGUGAAGGCUGCAAGGUUUUUUUCAUUUUUAUAUAUUUUUGAUGUUUAUAUAUUAUAUUAGCAAUGUGUAACGUAAUUUGAAUUUUUUCCAGGGAUUUUUUUCCGCCGAAGCCAGUCCGCCGUGGUCAACUAUCAAUGUCCGCGGCAGAAAAAAAUUGCGUCGUUGACAGGUUUUUUUCUUGUUUUUUUCAUAUAUAAAUGAACAUUUUUCAAUAUUCACACCGUAAUUUUAUUUGAAAGUAUACUUUAAGGAAAAUUUGACAAACUUUUUCAGUAAUUUUUAAAAUUUUCGCAAAUCGUAAAAUUUAAAUUCUCAUCAAUUUUUUCACCGCCUGGUCGAUUCCAUCAGAAUAAAAAAACCAAUAAAUAUUGAUGAUGAUGAUGAUCUUUUUAACUUUGAAUAGAAUAGUAUGAAAAAAAUGGGAUAAGUAUAUUCUUUUCUCAAAGAAUUAUUUUUUUCCUUAAAAAAAUUCUUUUUCAAACUAUAGUUUCAGUUAUAUUAUUGAGUUUUUUUCUGUUAAAAUUCGUAGGAAAAAAAUAUUUUCUUAUAACUUUAUACAUUAAUAAUCAAGCUCGAAUUGUCGAAAAUUUGGAAUUUUGGUUCAAAACUAAGAUAAAUUUUCUAUCCUUCUCAGAUUUUUCAGAAACAAUUAUCUCAUCUUGUAAUUUUUUCCCGCGAAACAGAGGAAGAAAUCAACAGAAAAUUUUUUAGUCUCGUUUUUUCGAAAUUUGAAGAGAAUUUUCGUUUUAAAAACGGGGAAAAAGGACGAUUUUUGAACUCUUUCCGUUCACAAAUCGAUCCUCGGGCCUUUCGAAGAUAUCCAGCGUCCAGAAAAAGAAACGACGAUUUCUUUUUCUGGCGAACUGUUUUUUGUCGGAGGCGGUUGGUGCCAAGCGACGUGCUUGGUUGCGCAACGUCGCCCCUUGGCGCAAUCGGCGUCUGCGUCUCUCGUGCGCGAAAAUCCGUCCUGAUGGUCACUUUUAAUUGCUCCGCUAGUGGGGUUCAAGUGCUUGGCGGCGGUUCCGAAAAAAACCGGAUUUUCAAAUUAUCGCGAAAAACUUUGAACCGUUGUUUUUUUUCGAGGUUUUUUCUGGUUUGGGGGGCUUCCGAUUUGGUAAAAGUUCCAGGAAUGAAGCUUAAUUUAGCUUUUUAUAACUUUUUUUGAAAAAUUUUUCCAAGUAUUUCACGACAAAAAAAUGCCCUUUUUAACUCUCAUCGAUUUCGUGAAAUUUUAUAGAAUACAUAAGGAACUUUUAAAAAUCGCUUUAAAGUUAGAAAGCCAAGUUUUUAAAUCUUUAUUAAAUAAAGAAGGAGAUUUUAUAUUUUGAGGUUUAUUUAAAAAAAAAGUUUAAUUUGCCAGCUUUUUUAAAAUAUUUGAUUGAUAUUGGUUGAUAAAUUGAAAAUUUUCAGGCGGUACUUAAAAUUUUAAAAUUGUAGAAAAUAAUCAAAAAAUUCUCUAAAAAAUGUUAUUUUAAACGUGGCGAACGGUAUGCUUCAAAUUGAAAAAUAGAACAAAAAAUGUAUUUCCAGAAUUUUAUGAAUUUUUUUGAUCAGAGAAAAAAAGCACAGAAAUGACUCGAAUCAAAUCAAGUAAAUAUUUUUUCCAGGGUGAACCGGAACCGGUGUCAAUAUUGCCGAUUGAAAAAGUGCCUGGAGCUGGGGAUGAGCCGAGACGCGGUGAAAUUCGGCCGGAUGUCGAAAAAACAAAGAGAGAAGGUUGAAGAUGAGGUGCAUGGCGUGUUUGUUUGUUUCUGCUCCCAAAUGUCUCUCGUUAGAAAUUUCGUGACUUUUAUAGUGUAUUUUUUCGCGAUUUGAUAGGGGAGGUGGGUAGAUUGACAAGGGAGACGCGCUGCGUACGCGACGCGGCUUUUUUGGCGGGCAACUCGGGCUAGGUGUCUUAACGGGUGUGCCCGUAUUGAAACCCGUGCUUUUAUGUGUUGGGCCUAACGGGACGAAAGCGGGCUUAUUUUAAAAGUCUGAGGCCCAGAUGAGCUAAAAAAGAGCCUCGUUUAAGGUGAAAAGGCAACAAGUUCUAUCAGCGGUGCUUUUAUGGGCUUAAUACGGGUAUGCCCGCCCGAAUUAGCAUGACUGGUUAACAUUAGCAACGAGAGAAACCAGAAGUCUCAACGGGUUUACCCGUAUUAAACCCGUUUUUUGAGGAAUCUCAGAUGGGCCAAAACAGGACAAAAACGGGCGUAAGAAGAAAUAGGUGACCCAGCUCUCUUUAUUUUUAAAAUCUGGGGCUCAGCCGGGCUAAAAAGGGGCCCCGGUUAAGGUGAAAAGGCAAAAAGUCUACCAGCUGUGCUUUUACGGGCUCAAGACGGGUAUGCCCGCCCGAAUUAGCAUGACUGGUUAACAUUAGCAACGAGAGAAACCAGAAGUCUCAACGGGUGUGCCCGCGUUAAAUCCGUAUUUUUUCGACUAAGUUAAAACGGGACAAAAACGGGCGUAAGAAGGAAUAGGUGACACGGCUGCGUUUUUUUUUUUUGGAAAAUCUGAGACUCAACGGGCCGAAACGGGCCUUAGCUGUGGUGAAAAAUUCUAAAAGUUCUACCAACUGUGAUUUUACGGGUUUAAAACGGGUAUACCCCCUAGAGCCCGAGUUAGCACCGCUAGUUGAACCCACAUCAGCAACAAGAGAGUGAUUAGGACUUUCAACGGGUUGACCCGUAAAAAACCCGUUUUUUUGAGGCUGGUACACCCUAAGCAGUAUGAGAACACGGAAAAAUGUAGAAAAAUGAUUUUUCAUCAUUUUUAAACGUUUAUCCGUUCAACUGGAUUUUUUGAAACUCUAAAAAGUUAUCAAAAAAUGUAAAACAUGAGAAAAAAGGUGUUUGCGUUUGAAUUCGAAGUUUCCCGCCAAAAGCCGCGUCGCGCACGCAACGCGUCAUCCUUGCCAGUUUGCACAACUUGCCUAUCAAGUCGAGAAAGCCUGACGUCUACUGCAAAGACCCUUUUUCUAUGUAAAAUCUCCUUGUCGACAUGUUACUGUACUCGUUUUUUAAAUAUAUAUUUUGCUAUUUUAUGAGGAGCUCAAUAGAGGAUGAAUUCUUUGCAUGUUUUAGUGUUUUUUUGCGCCAAAAAUUUUUUUCUUUAAAAAACGUGUUUUAAACGGAUUUUUGAACGUUGAAGGGUGUUUUUCUAUCGCCGUGUAUAACUAAAAAACCCGUCAGAGUGUGAGAACACGGCGUUUUUUUUAUUACGCAAGGUCAAGACUUCUCGUAAAUUAUGAUGCUUAGGGUGUAAGCACACCGAGACGCACUAUCGCAUACUCAAAUUGUUUUUUUCAAUUUUAGAAUUUGCAAUUUUUGGAUAAUAACUUCUGAAAUGUUCGAAAUCUUGUCAGUUUGAAGAAUAUGAUGUGAAAAACAUUCACUUACGUUAAAAAAAUAUAGGAACGAUUUCGGAAGGGGAAAAACUCUAAAUUACUGAUUACAAAAAUAAAAACAAAAAAAUAUUAUGAAGGUGAAUCAGCUCCCAUUGAAUAAGAAAUUGUAAAUAAGAAAAAUAUUGAAAUGAGAAAAAUUCGAGGAGAAAAUGAAAAAAGAAACAUUUUGUAUACUUUGGAAACCUAGCUUCAGAAAAAAACAAAUAAUGGAUAGAAAGCAGAAAUUUCAGAAAAAAACCUCGUAUGGCGAAAUGUUUGUUUAAAUGCGAAAAAAACCAUGAAAGAACUAGAAAAAAAUAUAAUUUAGAUGAUUCAUAUAACAAAAAUCUUCAAACUGCAUCAGCAAAUUCAGUUUGGCUUUAAUUUACGCGAAACUGGUUUCAAACUACGCCAAAGGAACUGGAUAAUAACUUGUACUUAUAGAAAAAAACGUUAAAAGACGUAUUAAUGAAGAAAAAAAGCAAAAAAAUAUGCUUUUUUUCAAUUAACUCUUUCCGUAAAUCUUGCGAGAGCUUUAAAGGGUGGGUCUUGUAUUCCAAAAACGGGUCCUAAACAGAUCAAAACUACUGCUGCCGUACGAUUUACGGCGCCCGCCCAUGGUAUUUUUUUUUCUGCAUUUUCUUUCACUGACAAGAACGCCGUGAGAAAGAUAACUGAGUUUUGGAGGGUCAGAGAAAAGUUUGAAUUUUGCGAAAUUACACGGGAUAUAUGAACACAGUUUGAACCGAAAAAAUCGGAUUCAAUGAUUUUUACGGAAUUAAUUUCAUUUUAUUGCUUAAAACCUCAAUCUUUUGAGGAAAUUUGGUUUUUUCCAAGCCUGAAGUGACCUUUUUCAUCAAGAUUUUCAUUUCCUCGUUUUUCUAUUCGAGAUUUUUAUUUUUAUCGUUUUCAAGUCCCUUGUUGAGCUCCUUUUUAUGUUUAUAGUCUCCUUUUUCCAAAUUAGGUGCUAUGGAAUGACAUACUUUAAUGAUUAGCAUGAGAUCUGUAGUCUUUUUUCUAUGUAGCCUGUUUUUUUCUCGUAGAUUUCGAAAUGAUAAUGCAUUUGAUCGUGUUUCCCGGCUAACUGUCCGUGUUUUAAAGGUGCGGAUGCACAAGCAAAUGGCCGAGGCCAACGGAAUCGGCUAUUCGAUGUAUACUGAAUAUUCGCCUCCGCCGACCCAACCUCAGCCUUAUUCCCAACCGUUCGUUUUUUAUAGGUUCUUUCGGAAAUGGAGUUUUAGGCCUUGAAAAUUUGGUAUUUGGAAUUUUUAGUGCAUGGAAUUACUGAUUUAGAGCUAAUUUUGAAGAAAAAUCACUACUACCUGGUUUUUUUGGUUUAUUUUUCCGAUAAAUACGAAAAAAAUCUUUGAACGAUCACAUUUUUUUGCCUUAACAAUCAUCAAAAAUACACUUAAAAAGCUUAGAAAAAAAUAAAAAUUUUCAGCUUUGAAAAAAAUCGAAAUUUUUGAAAGUUUGUACGCUUCAUUUUUUUCAUAACAAAUCUUCAAGGAAAAAUAUUUGAAAAAAAUUUUUUUAAAAAAAUUUUUUUCAAAUGUUUUUUUCGAUUUUUUUCUCGGAACUGAUCCGUAUGAAAAAUAAUGAAAAAAAGCUUAAGUGGUCCCUAAAAAGAAAUUUGAGAUUUGCGGGGUUUUUUUAACCCUAGAGGACCUUCAUCAGAUUUUUUCCAAUAGGUUAGACUUUUCUAGCUUUUUCAAAACUCCUCCUCAAUUUUUUUCUUUCUAAAAACAGCUCAUUUUCUUCAUAUUUUAACUGAGAUCUCUCAAAAAAUUAUAAAAAUGUGUGAAAUCGGAAGAAUUUCGCGUAUUAAGUUGCUUUUUGAAAGUUCUGUAUUUAUUUUCAAAAAGAGAUUUUCUUCAAAAAUUCUUCAAAAAGAGACGAAUUUCGACAGAAUAUCAGACUCCUGAUAAAAGUUUCCCGUUUCGUGAUUGUCCUUGAACGCCGAAAAGUGUCCUUUAAAGGUACGAGAACGGCAGCCUGUACUAUGGAUCGCCGGGCGAGUACACGCAUCCGCAUUCCGUGGCGGCGACGGCGCCGAUCACGCCGAUCAGCUACCAACAGCCGACCCACCAGCAGCAGUACGGCAUCGCCCAUCAAGGUCCCUUUUUUGGCUCAUUUCGGCCCGUUUCAGAGAAAAAGAGUAGAAGAUUUAUGUAUGGUUUAUACGUGCGAAAGUACAGACCUCGAUCAGCUCAAGAGAAGGGGGAGAGUUUCUUAUAAAAAAAUUCUGAAAAAAAUGAGUUUCAAGCCUAAGGAAGGAGUACUAAAUUUAACUAAGAAAGACUAAGGCAACUGGCGAAUUUUAAAAAUGGCCUACCGUUUUAGGACUUUCAUAAGUGCUGGUUUUGGAUAAGCUAUGGCUUUUUAAUACGGAAGCGGCAAACUUGACUCGAAAUGACUCCUUUUUAAAUUUUAUUUAAAAUAAAAAUUGAAACGUGAAUUUUCUCCAAAAAUUUCUGAAAGUAUAGGUAAAGUUCUCGAAUUUGCUAGCUGCGCAAUCUUCGAAUUUUGAAAAAAAUGAUUUUUUGAAGUCAAAAAACAACUCCGAAAAGGUUUUUUUUUCAUUUUUCUAAUGGCACCUCUCGAAACCAUUAUUCUUGAGUAAGAAAUCCACUUAAAGAAAAUACCCUAGAAAGUUCAAAUUUUCUCUGCGCAUCGAGGACAGGUCUUUUCUAAAUAUAGGCCAUAAGGAAAUUCUAUUUUUACUCUUCAAAAAAUUUUAUGAAUCGUCAAAUUUUUAACUGUACUUCGUAUUGAUUUUUUUGAGUGAAUUCCGGAUUUUCAGCGACCGGCGGCAGUUUCCCAUCCCCUCAGGUGCCGAAUCACGACGAUGACGUCGUUUCUCGGGUUAUCGGCUCCUAUGAGACGAACACGAGUAAUUAUCGACCUCACGACUGCCCCCACUACGAUCCCGGCCAGUCAUUGGUGAGUUUUGGGGGAACAGUAGAGAAAUCUAGGUUCAAAAUUUCAUUUAAGUCUUUGGGAUUAUAGAACGAUAGGAUUUGUUCAAAAAGAGUGGAAAUUACAGUUAAAAAAAUUCAUUCAAAACGAAAAAUCUGACCUUGAAUCUAGAGGAAAUAAGUUUAGUUUGAGCUGAAAAAAAUAAGCCAAAAAUUCAAUAAAUUUUUCCAUAUUUUUUUUAGUGGAAUUCCCAGAAAGAUUUCAAAGCCUUAUAAUUAAUAGUAGAUUCACGAUUUACGCUCAAAAAAAUUUUUUUUUCUGAUUUUUUUGAUCAUUUUUAAAGGCGCAUAGGCUGAUCUCAAAAAGGUCUCCAAGCGAAGAGCCUUUCCCAGUGUUAGUUAAGUCAAGGAAACUUUCAAGCUUUCAAACUCCAAGCCUCAAAAAAGACUGAAAUAUGACUCACAGAGAAAAUCAAAUUUAGUUUUAAAAAGUCAAUUUUCAUGAACUUCGAAAGGAGAUUUUGUUUCAAAUUAAGCCUUUUUGAAGUUUUUGACGGCUUUUUUUGUCGAUUUUGUCAUAAUUACGUCGUAAAAAUGGAUGCAACGCUUCGAAGUGCAACUUUAUGAACCAAUGAAACAAUUUUCUAUCGGUCAGUAUCAAAUUCGGUACAUUUAGCUCAAGGUUACGGUCAUUCUGUUGCGUGUUUGUCGUUCCCACUGGGCAAAUAUUCCUCGGCGGGAGCUCGUACAUAGUUUAGUGUCGAGGAAGUGUUGUUUGCCUGGUUACUGUAGGUCUCGAGAAGCGGAAAAAGUGGGCGAAGAGCAAUACAGUAGAAAAAAAAAUGAUAGAAAACACCAAAAAAAAAAAGUUAAUUGAAGGAAAAAAUGGCCAAAAGUACUGAUUCAAAGUCCUUAUUCGGAAUUUCAAAGUACAGAAAGUUUGAAUGACCUUUAAUGGGUUAGAAAUGAGGCUCUUCCUUUUUGAGACCUUCAUGAAAUCAGCCUAUGCGCCUUUAAAAAAAUAAGGUUUUUUUCGAAAAAAAUAAAAAAACUAUUUUUUUGAAUCAAAUAUAGUAAAAAGAACUGUGUGAAGGAUUAAAAUUCCUUCUUUGAGUUUUUCAAAAUCCAGAAGGUUUAAAUGACCCUAACCAGCAAUAGAAACGGCUCUUCGCUUUGAGACCUUCAUGAAAUAAGCUUAUGCGCCUUUAAAUAUAAGGCUUUUAAAAAAAUUCGAAAAAUUGUUUUGGAUUAAAAGGGAUCAAAAAAAAACUGUAUGAGUGAUUAAAAAUUCUUCUUGGAGUUUUUCAAAGUGCAGAAGGUUUUUAUGACCUUAACCAAUACUCUCCGCCUUGAGACCUUCAUGAAAUUAGCCUAUGCGCCUUUAAAGACGCCUUAGGAUUUUUAUCGGCUUUUUAAUGACUGAUUAACUAGUUUUAAGCCUUUCGAGCUCUCUUUUUGAAUUUGAUUCUUUUUAUUUUUUCUGAUUCAGUGGAGCUUCAUUUUAGUAUGAGCAAAUCUCCCGUCAUAAUAUAUAUGGUUUCUAACUUUCAAGACUAACCAAAUCGUACAAAAUCUUGCGAUUUACCUCGUUUCGAUCUUGUUUUGAAUCGCGCAGCAGCGUUGAUUUAUCGAAUUUCAAGAUCUUUUGCUGGCCCGCGCCGAAAUCUGCGAGCAAAAAGGAUUUACGGUUUUCGGGCGACGAUUGUUGCGCGUCGGCUCGCCAGAUACUCGGGUCAUAAAGGGAGCCGCCGCCAUAUCUCGUCGCCUGGUGUUUGACUAAUCGCUACUGUCUUAGUCGCCCACGUUUUCGCACAUUUUUGAGCGCCAAAACGAUUUUUCGGAAGCGGUUUGAACCGUAUAAGGGUCUAUACGUCUAUAAGUCCGGGAGGAGGGUUCGAUUUCUAUAAAUUUUGAAAAAAAAAAAAAGGACCUCAGAGAGAUAGUGAUAAGAAAUUCAAGUUUUACCCCCAGGAAGUAGUAGUGACUUUAUUUUAAAAGCCACCUGGGACUCAAUAAUUCUGGGAGAAGUGAUCGGCUUCUAGGAAUUUCGAGAAAACGCACGUAAAAAGGGUUUUUGAGCCUCAGGAAGUAGUUUUGACUUCAAUUGGCUUGAGAUAAGAGGCUGGUGACAUUUAAAAAUGAUCUACUUGAAUUAGGACUUGAAAAGCAAGGAUUGGACUGGAAAAUUGGCCGAAAAUCUCUUUGCUUGAUGAAAAUUUGAAUUACGGAGUUGAGCAUUCUAUGAGCCUUUUUUGGCCAGUUUUUAGAAUUUUUCCAAAGUUUUACUUUACAAUACCUUGCUGGUUAGAGUGAGCUUAAAGAUGGUGAAUAGAAAAAAUCCUUGAUCAUUAAAAAAAAGUUGAAAGCACCGGAAUUUCAUUGAUGGGCUACUGAGUACGAAAAAAACGUGAAAAAAAUUUUUGAAGGGAUUUUUUUCUUUCAGUCUUCCUCGAAUGGAAAGAAACUUUUUUUGAUCUUUUUAUUUUAAGGAAAUUUUUUGGGUUUUGUACACAGUUUUUGGAACGGAUUUAUUUUUUUGGGACUGAUAAAAAAAUGAAUAAAAUAAAUCCUUCGAGGGUAAAUCUCCAUCUUUUCAUUCAGUAACAGUUUCUGAUCACUUUUUUGCAUUGCUAAAUGAGCCUAAUCACUUAUUUCGUAUUUUUUUCAAGCUCAAUUAUUCAUUGAACUUUUCCAGCCACGAAGCGAGGCUUGGAAAUGUUUUGCGGAAGAACUGAACCCGGUCGUCCAAAAUAUCAUCGAAUUUGCCAAGGGAAUCGAUGGUUUCAUGCAACUGCCACAGGAAAUGCAAAUACAGCUGUUGAAAGGUGAUUCGAGGCACUUGAAACUGGAAAUAAAUGAAAUUUACAGGCGGAGUUUUCGAACUCGUCCUCCUCGCUGUUUCUUUACACUUCCACAACGAUAUCAACAUGGAUCGGUAUAUUCCGAUGACCGUCUUUAGGCAUCCCGACCAUGCUCAGGUACAGUUUUGAUGGGAUAGGAUUGAUUGAACUGCUAAAAAUCGAGGGAUUUUGAGAAAACCCUUUAAAAAAUAUGAAAAAUUCUGUCCUCCACAUCUAUAGGUAAAUUCAAGCUUUCGAAGAAUUCGAAGGGGUGUGGGAAAUGAAACAUUUUGAUUGACUGAUUUUUGAAAUAAGUCAGAAAAAAUUCAUUUUGGUCUGGUUAACAAAAAAAGAGCACAUGAUCAUUAUUCCAUAAAAAAAUUGGUCGAAACCAUUUUUUUAGAGAUAAAAUUUUUUUCAUCUACUGGUUUGGUACUUUUUUUGAACGCUAUGGCUUAUUUUUGGGAUUUUUCACUAUUUUCCUCUGAAUUUUUCCAAAUGAGGACACUUUUCAUUGAAGAUGUCUAUGGGAAAAAUGAAUAAAGUUGAUAAAAACAGAAUUUCGCAGUUUUCGAAAUAAAUUCAAGCUUUCUACCUAAAUUUGAAAAUUGCGAAGUUUGAACUUGGUAAAUCCAUUUUUGGAGCAUAUGGAAUGGCUAGAUGAGUAAAAAAAAAAGCACCCGACCCGAAACGGUUUCCGCCAGAAACCGUUCGAGCUGCAAAGAUUCAAAAUUCCUCGGACUUUGGUAACGCGAACGGGACAUGUCGGGGCAUUUCUAGUGACCACUUUAGUAGCCUCAGAACUCUUAAGUGAUCCCUAGAACGUCCGGAGCACGUCCGUUUUGCGUUACCAAUGUCCGAGUCUCUAUAGAUACAAUUUUUCCGCAAAACCCUUUAAGAACGUUGGAGCAAAGAUAACAGAAAACUUUUUAAAAAAUGGACAGUAAAAAAAGAUUCAAGUAGUUAGAUUUUACGUCUCUUCUUCACCGCGGAUUUUUUUUUUCUCGAUCCAUCCUGAUCCUGACCAUCGAACUUUCAGAUGAUCACGCAGGCGAUGUCCGUGAUGCACGACAUCCGCGCCCUGUCAAUGACGUCGGCCGAGCUGGGUCUCCUCUCGGCGUGCAUGCUUCUGGAGGCGUCGCUGUCGCCGACGACGGCCCACGAGACGUCCUAUUUGUCGUUGACGACGGUGGAGCGGCUCCGUGGCGCCUUGCUCGCCUCGAUGCAGUCGCGGAUGACCAACUGCGAAGAGGCGCUCGACGAGCUCCAGCUCAGAGUCCGCAACGUCUCCCGACUUCACAUCGAAGCCCUCCACACCCUUCGGCAAACGGAGCCUCACGCCAUCGAAGAACUGCCCGCUCUUUACAAGGAACUCUUCACCGCCGCCUUUUGA